AAUUCUUUGAAACUUUGUUAAUGUUUCCUUUUAUGAAAAAACUGAUGUAAACUGAUCAUUACAGUACAUACACAGUAAUGAUUAAAAACAUUGUUAAUCAUAUAUUUGACUAUUAUGGAAUUAAGACACAUAAUGAACGAAUACGGGAAAAUAAUGUAAUCAUAUAAUAGAUCAUGAUAAAUUCGCAUAUUUAUAAAUCGGCAAAUUAAUUAUAUUGAAAAAAAGAAUUUCGUUUAAAAAACGGCUUAUAUACAUUGGACUGGUAAAAUACAUAUAUAUAAUAAAAUUGCUUACUAUUUUUCGUUUAAUAAUAAUCAAUCAUACGAUAAAAAUGAGACAAUUUUGAUAGAAAACGAUAGACUCGCAGAUAGAAUACGAUAGACAGGACUAGACCGCUUAUUAUUUAUCGUAUAGUAAACGAUUAUUCGAUAAAAAUGAGACAAUUUUGAUAGAAAACGAUAGACUCGCAGAUAGAAUACGAUAGACAGGACUAGACCGCUUAUUAUUUAUCGUAUAGUAAACGAUUAUACGAUAAAAAUAAGAAAUUUCGGAUAGAAAACGAUAGACACGCAUUGGAUGGACAGAUAAAAUACGAUAGACAGGACCAAAUUGCUUAUUAUUUAUCGUAUAGUAAACGAUUAUACGAUAAAGGUAAGAAAUUUUGGAUAGAAAACGAUAGACGCGCAUUGGACGGACAGAUAGAAUACGAUAAACAGGACUAGAUCGCUUAUUAUUUAUCGUAUAGUAAACGAUUAUACAAUAAAGAUAAGAAAUUUUGGAUAGAAAACGAUAGACGCGCAUUGGACGGACAGAUAGAAUACGAUAGACAGGACUAGACCGCUUAUUAUUUAUCGUAUAGUAAACGAUUAUACAAUAAAGGUAAGAAAUUUUGGAUAGAAAACGAUAGACGCGCAUUGGACGGACAGAUAGAAUACGAUAAACAGGACUAUACCGGUUAUUAUUUAUCGUAUAGUAAACGAUUAUACGAUAAAGGUAAGAAAUUUUAGAUAGAAAACGAUAGACGCGCAUUGGACGAACAGAUAGAAUACGAUAAACAGGACUAGACCGGUUAUUAUUUAUCGUAUAGUAAACGAUUAUACGAUAAAGGUAAGAAAUUUUGGAUAGAAAACGAUAGGCAUGCACACUUUGAAUAGAUAAAAUACGAUAAACGUAUGAUAGCAGUGCUGAACAUUAUUAUAUAAGAUAUGAAAUCUUAUUAUUCGUAACAUUCUCAUAAAAUAUGAUACACAAUUAUUUGUAUAGUCUUAUAGGUUUUCAUUUGUAUAGUAUAUUAAAUAUUGUAAUGACACUAUAUUGAAAUUCUAUCACUAAUAUGUUAACCUACUUAUAAAAGUCAGGAAUCAAAAAUACGAUUAAAAUACAUAAAAAUGAUUUUUCUUUCAUUUGCUAUCUGAUCUUUUAAUUCUUGAAUUUCAGAUAACAUUACAUAAAAAUUUUUUUGAACAUCACUAUAAGAUAUGAAAUUUUAUUACUCGUAACAUUCUCAUAAAAUAUGAUGCACAAUCAUUUGUAAUAGUCUUAUAGGUUUUCAUUUGUAUAGUAUAUGAAAUAUUGUAAUGACACUACAUUGGACUUCUACCACUAAUAUAUUAACCUACUUGUGAAAGUCAGAAAUCAGAAACACGAUUAAAAUACAUAAGAAUGAUUUUCCUUUCAUUUGCUAUCUGAUCUUUUAAUUCUUGAAUUUCGGAUAAUAUUGCAUAAAAAUCUUUUUGAACAUCACUUAUAAAAUAUGAUUCACAAUCAUUUGUAAUAGUCUUAUAGGUUUUUAUUUGUACAAUAUAUGAAAUUUGUAAUGACACUACAUUGGACUUCUAUCACUAAUAUGUUAACCUACUUAUGAAAGUCAGGAAUCAGAAACACGAUUAAAAUGGAAAAGAAAUUUUUUUUUCGUUUUCUAUCGGACUUUUCAAGCAGGGUAGGUUAUAAUAUAUGGCAUUUGGUCUACUGAAAAUUAUAUAAAGGAUACAUAAAAUUUAACAUAAACUUUUACAUACAUAUUUAUCUUUAUUUUGUACAUUAUAUUUUUUAUAUAAUUGCGAACAGAAUAUGUUACAUUUUUUAAAUAAUUUACCAAAUAGACAAAAAUCGCCGGACAACUGCUGUGUUCUCGCAGAUAAACCAAUCGCAAUUUUUGUGAGAGAAAGUGUGACAUAUAUUCUAUAUCUUUCAUAUAAUUUUCAGUAUGGUAUUUGAUAUUUUUCUCAUAAAACUGAUUACACGCAUAAAGAAAAUAAUUAAAUAAAAAUAAAUUGCUAAUAACCGAUAAAUUUGUACAAAUAAUAUAUUUUGUUUAGAACUCAAAAGGUGGCACAAAUCUAAAAAACUCGAAAGGUGAUGCAAAUUUAAAAGAAAGAAUACAGAACAAAAUUGCUAAGAUAAAAAAGAAUGAAAAUGAAAAAAAUGAAAAUGAAAAUAAUGAAACAUCGGAUGAAAAAAAAACAUAUAGAAAAGAUAAGAAAGAAAGCACAUGUAACAAAGAAAAUAAAACCAUUACAAAAAAUUGUACUUUAAAAACUGAUAUAAAGAAACUCAAAAGCAAGAUUCUAAUGGAAGUGAUAUAGAAAAAAAAGUAUGUAUUUCGGUAAAAUAAAAAGUAAGUACAUGAAUAAGUUGAUGUUUGUAUAUAUAUGUGUUAUAUUACAGAUUGAAAAGCUGCAGAAAGAAAAUGAAUAUUUGCGUUCUCAAAAAAUGAAACUAAAGAAGCAAUUAGAAGAUAAAGAAGCAAUAAUUACCGAUUUAAUGUCGUUAAACAUUAAUCUUCAAAAAAAAGUGAUUUCAGAGUAUACGGAAAUAUCUAAAAUAAACAAGGAAGUUGAUAAAAAAGUUUUAAGUAACUUUGAUGAACUGUUGCACGUUGUUUCCGAAUACUUUAAAAAAAAUCUGACACGUCCGCAAGAACAAGUUGGUUUGCCUCCAAUUGGAUAUAUAAAUAAUGCUCGAAAUGAGGUACAUCUUGGCUUUGAUGUCUACAUACCCAAAUCCACAUAUGAUAGUGUUCUCAUUAUUUCAAAAACAUUACCGCAGUUAAUAAAAAACUUAGCUCUUGCUGUUUAUGACAUAAAAGUAUUUAAAGAAAGCACGGUAACAGGUAUUGUGUCAAACAGAAGAAAGAAGAGUGGAAAUACAACUCCUAGACCUGCAUUAGAUCUAACAAAAUUAAAAGCCAUUAGAGCUACAGCUAAACAUUACUUAAUAACUCAACGUGGUCUAGAUGAAGUUUCAAUUGAUAUUGAACUUCAACAUUUUGGAACGCAUAUUGCACACAAAAUAUGUGAACUGAAUAGAACUCCACAAUCUAUAAAUUCAAAAAAUAAGCAGGAAAUCAAAGCUGCGUUAUGUGCUGUUGUAAUGACGGAUACAAAUAAUGAUAGUAAGGAAAAACAAUGUGCUGAAAAUAUUUCUGAUAACAGUGAAAUUCCAAGUGAAGUUUCACAAGCAAGUAAUGAUGAAAAAGGAAAAAUUGAAGGAAAAAGUAAUGAAGAAAAAGAGAUUGAAAACGAGAAUAAUUAUUCUUCGUCAGACUCUAUUCAUAGUGCUGACUCUAUUCAUAGUGCUGAUGAAUCGAAUGAUAGUAACUAAGAAACGUUAAUUUACGGUAUAAAUAGCUUUUAAAAAACAUUCAGAAUGUUUGCUAUACCAAAGAUAUAAAAAACUAAUGUUUUUAUUUAACUUUAUUGAAAAAAAACAUAUAAUUUGUGUUC